GGAGAAAUGGGGAACAAUGCGAGUGAGCAACUCCAGGAAGUCGUUGUGAAAGAAAGCCGGGAAGAGCGAGGCUGCCGAGUCGGCCGGGCGCUCUAACAAGUGCCUUCGGGGCCCCGCGCCGGGCGGCGACUGCGGCACGGUCCCUGGGUCUCCGCGGAGCGCAGGCGAGCCGGAGGGACGCUUGGCCGCUCCGAGGCGGCCGACCCAGGAGAGCCCGGCGGGGCGGACGGCGUCCUGGCUCCGAGGUUGCUCUUCGAGCCCGAGGAUCAGUUUGGGCCCCCAAGUGCGACGCACAAAUCCACGUGACCUGACGGCAAUGGAUGGCGAUGAGAGUCAAGACAUGUCCCAAGUCUCAGGGAAGGAAAGCCCGCCCGUGAGCGACGCCCCGGACGACGGCGACGAGCCCAUGCCGGUCCCCGAGGACCUGUCCACCACGUCCGGCGGCCAGCAGAGCGCCAGGGCCGAGCGAGGAGUCGCCAGUAAUGUUAAAGUAGAGACUCAGAGUGACGAAGAGAAUGGGCGUGCCUGUGAGGUGGAUGGGGACGCGUGUGCCCAGGACUUGCGCGUGCUCGGUGCGGCGGGCGAGGACGUGGCUGGCUCCCACAGUGGCCCCGGCGGCAGAGCCGUGCCAGGAGCAGGAGGCAUCCGCCUGCCUAACGGCAAACUGAAGUGUGAUGUCUGUGGGAUCGUGUGCAUCGGCCCCAAUGUGCUCAUGGUCCACAAGAGGAGCCACACGGGAGAGCGGCCGUUCCAGUGCAGCCAGUGCGGGGCCUCCUUCACGCAGAAGGGCAACCUGCUGCGGCACAUCAAGCUGCACUCGGGCGAGAAGCCCUUCAAGUGCCACCUCUGCAACUACGCCUGCCGCCGGCGCGACGCCCUCACGGGCCACCUGCGCACGCACUCCGUUGGUAAGCCUCACAAAUGUGGAUAUUGUGGCCGAAGCUAUAAACAGCGAAGCUCUUUAGAGGAACAUAAAGAGCGUUGCCACAACUACUUGCAAACCAUGGGCCUCCCAGGCACGCUGUACCCAGUCCUGAAGGAGGAAGCCAACCACGGCGACAUGGCGGAAGACCUGUGCAAGACGGCGGCCGAGCGGGCCCUCGUGCUGGACAGGCUUGCGAGUAACGUCGCCAAACGUAAGAGCUCUAUGCCUCAGAAAUUUGUUGGGGACAAGUGCCUGUCGGACGUGCCCUACGACGGCGGCGCCAGCUACGAGAAGGAGAACGAGAUGAUGCAGACCCACGUGAUGGACCAGGCCAUCAACAACGCCAUCAGCUACCUGGGGGCCGAGUCCCUGCGCCCGCUGGUGCAGACGCCCCCCGGCGGCUCCGAGGUGGUCCCGGUCCUCAGCCCGCUGUACCAGCUGCACAAGCCGCACGGCGAGGGCCCCGCGCGGCCCAACCACGCCGCCCAGGACAGCGCCGUGGAGAACCUGCUGCUGCUGUCCAAGGCCAAGUCCCUGUCCUCCGAGAGGGAGGCGUCCCCGAGCAACAGCUGCCAAGACUCCACGGACACGGAGAGCAACACGGAGGAGCACCGGGGCGGCCUCAUCUACCUGACCAACCACAUCCCGCACGCCCGCAACGGCCUGUCCAUCAAGGAGGAGGGGCUGCCGGCCUACGACGCGCUGCGGGCCGCCUCCGACGGCUCCCAGGACGCCCUGCGGGUGGUGGGCACGGGCGGCGAGCCCAUGAAGGUGUACAAGUGCGAACACUGCCGGGUGCUCUUCCUGGACCACGUCAUGUACACCAUCCACAUGGGCUGCCACGGCUUCCGCGACCCCUUCGAGUGCAACAUGUGCGGCUACCACAGCCAGGACAGGUACGAGUUCUCGAGCCACAUCACGCGGGGGGAGCACCGCUUCCACAUGAGCUAAGCCCCCCGCCGCGGCCUCCGACGCCCGCCGUGCGCACAGAACGGCGGCCAUGAGCUUUUCUGUUCUGUUUCUGUUUUUUUUUUUUAAAGUGGAUUAGCUGCCAGUUUGAUUUCCUUUUGAACACAAGGUUUUUAAUGCUACAUACAGGGCUACCACAGCACCCACGCAGACUGCCACGUUGGAGCCCCUUCCCCCUUGUUUCUAGAGUGUCCUCCUCCAAACAGUGGGUUGUUGUCACCCAGCAUCUUGUUAAAAAAAAAAAAAAAAGACAGAGAGAAAGGAAGGGAAAGAAAAGAGAAAAGAGAAGCAACCAAAACCUGGACAGCGAGAGCGGGUCCCAGGGCGGAGUGGGAAGCACACAGCAGGUGCUCCUCCCCAGACCGCAGACGCAGGGAACGGCGCCUCCCAGCUGCGGCCGGGCAGGUGAGCCGCUGCAGGUGAGCACCCCGGAGGGCCCCCACCUGGCAGGGCCUGUGCCGUGGGUUCUCCCGUGCGCGGUGGGGUGUCCGCCGGCAUCUUCAGUCGCUGCCAGUGGGUGACGGCAGCACCCUGCCCGUCGACAACAAAGCAUCUCUCCAGGCGUUGCCCCACGUGCCCGGGGAAGGACCUCCGCUCUGGACGAUUCUGGGCCCGCCGAGGGUCUGUGCCACCCACGCCCCCAGAUAGGGGCGAUCAGCAGGCGUCUGCCGGUCAGCAGUCUGGGGACCCACGCACGCCCCUCCGCAGGCCCUGUAAAUGCCGUAGGGGAGCCACCCCCCUGCAGAACCAUAGCUCCUCGAGUCCUGUCGGCAGGAAGGAGCCCACACAGGUCAUGCCCUUGAGCCAGGGCUCCCCUGGCUUCCAGAACUGUGUGGCAUUUUGAAACUGGACAUGAACCACGGGUCAGUGACCCUGAACAACGGGACAGAGAGGAGCUGGACCCUUGACAGCUUCAGUUCAAUGUCCAGCGACAGAGAAAGACACGCCCAGCCAAACAAGCCCGCUGCCCAGAGCCGUCCGAGUUCCGCUCGCCGGCCAGGCCCCGUCCCCUCCGGCCCGCAAAGCCCCUCGGGCCAUGGCGCUCCCUCGCCCCGGAGACUUCAGGACGGAGCCCAGCCGGGCUGUGUACAUAGCGCUCCACGCUCCGCUCCCCCGCUCCCCCUUCUGCUCGCCGCCUCUCGCGGCCAGUGCCAUUUGCAUUCGCAUCCUUUUGCUGCAGAUUUACAUUGUCAUGCCGCUCUUCCUUGAAACGUUGUAUUUAAGUGAGGUUGCCUUCAAGGCCCCAGGUGAUUAAGUUAUGUUCCACAGGUCCCCCAGUCCCCGUGACGCCUCCCUCUCGGGCCCACGGCCUGCCCGCCCUGCCGUGGGCGGUGCGUGUGCUCCAGGCUGAGCACCGAGGAUGGCCCGCACUGUGUUUAAAGUAGAUGUCAGAGCCGGGGGCGGGGGGGGGGGGGGAGGCAUUGCAAGAAACAGGCCGACCUGCCCCAAGCGACCUGCCUCUGCCCUCCGCCCUUCCCCUCCCGUUGCCCGCGCUGUCCGCUCUGUUUCCCUCUGUCUGUGCCCUUUUCUUGCUUCGUUCAGACCACACUGCAGCUCUGCAGGCGCCCCCCUCUCCCCGAAACAGAAGCCAGACCAAGUGGGCGGAUGCCGACCCUCCGUCCUUCCCCCGCUGCCUUGGGUUCGGGCAGCACAGAAGCGCCGUCUCCCCCCGACACCCGCGUCACUGUCGCCCACCUCAGUGUGUGUCUGUGUUUUUGUUGUGUGUUGUGUUUUACUUUUAAAGGAACAAAAACCAGCCCUGGCCGGGGCGUCUGGUUGGAAGCAUCUCCCCGGAAAGGUCGCAGGUUCCGUCCCUGGUGGGUGAGCGCACAGGAGGCCUGGGCUCCUGGGUGUGUCCCCGCCCCCACACCCCACCCCCCACCCCCCGCCGUGCGUGUCUCCAUGGCCGGGGUCCAAUACACGUGUUUACAGUCCGUGUGCUGCGCCGGUCAGGGCCGCAUGGGUCCGUGCCCGCACGGCUGCACGUCUCUGCCCGGCCCUGCCAGACGCACGCGUGCGGGCGUGCGAACGAGAGAAGGCCUCUGGGCGGGGGUGUCCCCGGCCCGCUGCGCACCAGGCGGGGCACUGGCAGGAACGCCGCAGCUCUCCGGUACGCUUGCUGAUACGCCGCUGCUGCUGCGGCGGCCGUAGGACGAACACACGCAAAGUGUCCUGCCUUCCUGCAGCUGUGCAGAGUGGUAGCCGCGGGGGACUGGGACGCACCCCUCUCUCCUUGUGAGGCUGUGUCUGGUCACGCCGACUCUGCCUAACACGCGUGUGGCUGGCGCACGAGCACCUCGUUUGUGUAAGAGCCCCAGGGGCUCACUUCAGAAGAGACAGGCCCGACCCUUUGGGCCUCCCGGCUCCGGGAGAGCUGCGGACCCUCGACCACGGAGCCAGGACGGCGUGGAGCCGGGCGACCCAGCCGGACGACGCGCCCCGCGCCGUCACUUGCCUUACCGGAACGGACUGUGCUCCUCUGCAAGUAGAGAACUUUUUACCCCCCUCCCCAUCUCUGUGUUCUGUUCCCUCCCCUCCCUUACAGAAAGGUCUACCGUAGCCAGGCGUGGAGGUGGGCUUUGCGACAGGAGUCCCCCAGCUCCGGGAAGCCGCCACCCUGAAAAUAAACCACGUCCUUUCCAUCAG